AAGAGUUUCUCUUGCCCGCCUCCUAGAUUUAGGAGCGGUGGGUCUUGUUCGCGCCUCUGUGUUGGGCUUUCUUUAGCCCUGCGGCCGAGGCCAUUAGCUCACCCACGCAAUCAUUUUACUCACUGCACACAGUGCCUUACGUGAAGGAACACGCGUUAGAGAACCUAGAUCACCCCCUCAUUGCUGCGACAUUUGAUCUGACAGGAUCACAGCUGCAGGAAGAUGGAUAGUGAGGUACAGAGAGAUGGAAGGAUCUUGGAUUUGAUUGACGAUGCGUGGCGGGAAGACAAGCUACCUUAUGAGGAUGUCGCAAUACCACUGAAUGAACUUCCAGAGCCGGAACAAGACAACGGUGGCACCACGGAAUCUGUGAAAGAGCAGGAAAUGAAGUGGACAGACUUGGCCUUGCAGUACCUCCAUGAGAACGUCCCCCCCACCGGAAACUGAGUUCUUCCUGCUUUCUCAUUGAUGGAGCUUUCAAAAACAUAUAGAGACAAAGUGUUUUCUUCCCAUCUCCUCAUCCAUCUCUCUCAAUAAUAAAAUCAGCACUCAAAAAAUGUAGACCCACCUGGCUUGUAGCAGCAAAGUGUAAAGCGAAGAUACUCAGAGCAAGAUACCCUUUAUCUCAGAUUUUGUAUUACUGUCAGAAUUUAACACUUCCCAGCUACUUACGCACACCCUACGACACAGAGAGUUGAAAGUGAGAGGGCAGAGUAGAGGGGAAGCCAGGCCUAGAUUGUUGACCGCUCACACCCCACUUGGUGAUGUGGAUGUAGCCUGUGUGCCUGUGUUGAUACCUAAGAUGCACCAAGGUAUUUUCAAACUUUGCUUAAGUUUUUGAAUAAAAAGAUGUCUGAUAG